AUGAGUUUUCAUCAGUAUAUUCCAACCAAAGAAACGGCUUCGCAGAUAUCGACUGAGCCUAUUCCGUACAAUGUUCAGGCUAAUCAUAUAAAUGGAGGAGCCAUAAAUAAUCAAUCGCUACAAUAUUCUCCUACUAAUGAACAAUUUCACCCCAUGCCACCCCAACAGAUAGUUCGGCAGCAGAUGGUGGAUAGUUCGCCCACAUCUGUCUCGCAUGAAAUGUUUCAGAGCCCAACUCAGUUAUCGUCGCAGAUGAAUAGAUUUCAUUUGCAAACCCCCACCACCGACUGCAGUCCAGUAUUUUCUAACAACAAUAAAAACGGCUCCAAUAACACGCCUGUCUACCAGACAGUGACCCCGAUCAAUAGUAUACCACGAAGUAAUUAUCAGAAUCAGUAUGUGUUUUCGCAGAAUGCACAUACGACGCCCGUAAUGGUGGGACAACCUAACAUGAAUAUGUCGCCUACUACAAAUACCCACAUGCACAAUCAACUGGCGAACCAACACUUGGUUCAGCAACAUUUUUUGAUGCAGCAGCAGCAGUUGAUGUCUCAGAACAACCAAUUUGUUCCUGCAAACCCUAUGAACCAGAAUAUUGAGCAUAAAGUAGCAAAACAAGUAGAUAAUGAUAAAAAGGUUACACGCAGCAGAAAAUCUAGUGUCACGAAGCCUGCAAAGCCAAAGAAACCUUCAAAGUCCAAAAAGGAUUCAUUUUCCAGCUUGGAGGAUUUAAGAGCGUCGGAGGUGUACGAAUACGAUAAGGAAAUCACGAUCGAUGACUUAUUGAAAGAUGAUCCUUUGCUUGAGUUAACAAGUCCCGUAGUCCCCGAGGACGGAAGCCACGACAACAGCUUGUUUUCGAGCUUUAUUGAUUACGAAGAUAUAUCUCAACCGCAGCCGAACUUUGUUGGGUUGGGGUUAGAUUUGGAUUUUAGUUUGAGCGCAAUCAUGAAUGAUCCCUCAGCGAACGAGAGUACUGCUAAAUCCAAUUCAAAUCUAUCAUUAUGUAAGAGACCUUCUACUCCAGAACAAGAUAAACUGAUCGAAUUAUUCGUAUCUCCUAAAAAGAAGUCAUCAUCGUCUCCAAAAUCAUCGAGUACAACUUCCAACUCACCCACUAAACUCUCGCUGGAUAAAUUAUUUCAGAAACCAGACACAUUUAUCGGAGCCAUGCCACGAUCAGCAUCAAAUUCUUCAAUCAAUACAACUCCUACGAACAAAAACCAACCUAGCUUUUCAUUGAGCGAAUGUUCGAAUACGUUCCCGGUGAACUCACAUACCACUAAUAAUUUCUCGUUUGUUAUCGAAAGGGAAUCGUUUUCGGUGCAAUCCAAUUCAAACUCCAAGUUAAGAAGAAAAUCAUUACCCAAAAUUAACCAGAAGGUAAACGAAAGACCAACCAUGAAGAAAACAAGCAGCGUGACUGAUGCCAGUAUAGUUAAACCUAACAGCCAUCCGCCUUUAGCUCACCAUAAUUCUUCUAGUUCUUUAGUUACUUCGCCCAAGGUCUUGAGAAACAUGAAAUCAGGUAUGUUACUGUUUCAGCUCGACUUGAAUAAUAAUGGGAAUAAAUGA